AUGGACAGACUUAGCAAUAGGGUCUCAAAAAACAGUGUAGCCCACAAUGUAUCCUCAGCAUCAGUGAGAAGACGUGUAGGAGAUCUAAGCUCUUCCUUGAGUAGGAUGAGUAUUGAUGAGAAAAAGCAAGCCAAUAGCAAUUCAACUUAUAAUGCUGACAAAAUAGCUGGCAGCGGAAGUUUUGGCACAGUAUACCAAGCAACAAUAGCUCAAACUGGUGAAACAGUUGCCAUAAAAAAGGUUUUGCAAGACCCUCGGUACAAAAACCGUGAACUUCAAAUCAUAAAAGAGCUGGUUCAUCCAAACGUCGUCGCAUUCAAGCACGCCUUCUAUAUAAAUGGUGAAAAGCCAAACGAGCUUUAUCUAAACGUCGUCAUGGAAUUUGUAAAUGAAACGCUCUACAGAGUAAUAAAGCAUUACAGCCGAAUGAGACAGCCAGUGCCUAUUUUACUAGUAAAGCUUUAUAGUUACCAAAUUAUGAGAUCUUUAGCUUGGCUCCAUGCCAAAUGACCGUGGAUUUUUGACAGUGUGCAUUUCAUCGAAAUCCAUUUGGCCGAAAAUUAACGUUUUUAUUCGGUCAAAUGUUUCACUAUCAAAAAAUUUUCGAUCAAUUUUCGGCCAAAAAUUUUUAGGUGAAAUGGACACUAGCAAAGUAGUUUGACCUGCACCCCUUUAGCUUAUAUUCAUGCAGUAGGGGUUUGCCACAGAGACAUUAAGCCUCAAAAUAUCCUAGUCGACACAAACACUCAUAGUACCAAACUUUGUGAUUUUGGCUCUGCAAAGAAACUCAUAAGAGGAGAACCCAAUGUUUCUUAUAUUUGCUCUCGCUAUUAUAGAGCCCCUGAAUUGAUUUUUGGAGCUACUGAUUAUACACCUGCAAUAGAUGUAUGGAGUGCUGGCGCGGUGGUUGCUGAAAUUUUGUUAGGACAACCGUUAUUUCCUGGAGAAAGCGGAGUAGACCAGCUUGUGGAAAUUAUUAAAAUUCUAGGGACUCCAAAUAGAGAACAAAUAAGAGACAUGAACCCAAGCUAUACAGAAAAUAAUUUUCCUCAGGUCCCACAACAUCCUUGGAAUAGAGUGUUUAAAUCGAGGACUCCAGUAGAUGCCAUUGAUUUUGUGUCAAGAUUGCUGGUAUAUUCUCCUCAGUUAAGACCGUCAGCAUUGGAAUCUUUAGAACAUCCUUUCUUUGACCAACUUAAAGAUGAGGCAACAAGGCUUCCAAAUGGAGAUCCAUUGCCACCUCUUUUUAAUUGGACUUCAGAAGAAAGGGAAAGGUACAACCCAGAUCUUCUUAGACGCUUGACACCAUCAUGAUAUAACCCUUCUUAA